GAAGACGUGAGUGCCGUAGUGCUGCUGCAUCAAAACAAUUAGUGUAUUUUGUGUCCCAAUUUGAAUGGUAGCAAUAGUAUUUAACACGGUAUUCCCAGCGAUGAUAUAAAAUGUCUCUAUUGACAUUAAGGGGUAUUGGAACUCACCAGGUUCUUUCACGGGGACUAUGUCGACACACCGUUGUUUCGAGGUUGCAUAAGCACUCACUUGCAGCCGCUGCCGACAGGGUAAUUCUCUUUCGUAAUGCAAGACUUUCUCAGAUACAAAGUCACAUUUAUUCAAAAUGCCCAUUGAAUUCACGAUACAGGCUUCAUUGUCUCUCCACAAGAAGAUAUUCCACUGAAGAUGAGAAGCAGAGAAAGGAAUUGGAGAAAAGGCAGAAGAUGGCCAUGAUGAGUCGGCAUCUAGAGAGGAGUGAUGCAGUGCGCAAAGAAAUCAAAGAAAUUCGAAACGAAGUGCUCAGUAAGGAAAUACUCCAAUUCAAGUACAGGUUAGUUCUGGUCUUGGUGAUUGGAAGUUUACUCAUAGCUUAUGCAAGCUUCAUGUGGCUAGAGUUAGAACUUAACACCCCUGCAAAUGUAGGGGGAAACUUCGACCUGCUGGACCAAGAUGGAAAUCCUCGGACACUAGACGACUUUAAGGGAAACUGGUCAGUCUUCUACUUUGGCUACACCAACUGCCCGGAUGUCUGUCCUGAGGAAAUGGAGAAACUGAGUGCCUCAGUUAGUUUACUCAGGAAGAAGGUUAGUCCUCCCACAGUAGUCCCCGUAUUUGUAAGUGUGGACCCCGCACGUGACGAUGUGGAACGUUUGAAAAACUAUGUGAAAGACUGGCCGGGGCUGGUCGGGUUGACGGGCAGCCAUGAGAGCAUAAAUGACAUCACCAAGAAGUUCAAAGUUUUCAGUGAGAAAAGUCUGAUAUUGGAUGCUGACAAUUACUUGGUGGACCACACCUCCCUUUAUUUCUUCAUGUCUCCCGAGGGCACCUUUGUAGAGUACUUAUACCCCAGGGAAAUGGAUGAAGAAGAAAUUGCUGACUGGAUGUACAAAACUACUAAAAGGUACUGGUUAACAAACACAUGGCUUUAUAAGAAAGCCUUAAGCCUGACUGAAAGGAUACACACGUUUCUGAUGGCGAGGCGUAAAGAGAAAAUUGAGCAAAAAAGGAAGGAUCUGAGGGAACAAAUGCUUGCAAGAACCACGAAAGAUGAGAGGUCUUGAUGUUGAUGUUGGAGAAAAUGGUGGAACCUAGCAGUUUCUUCACAUUUCUCUAUUUUGUGCUUUUUUUGUGAGUUAAAAAACAAGGAUAUGCAAAGUUCAGAGCUGUGUUAUACAUCUGGUGGUUUAGUUGGACCAAGCAAACUGGUGACCUAGGGAAAUAAAGGUCAAGGUCAAAUUGUGGCCUUAAACCUACGUGUGUAUCUUAAACGAUGUGCUGGUACAUCUUUGAUGUCACCAUCACUGAUGACACUGGCUGAAUAUUACACCAAAAUUUAAGUCUGCAUUUUUAAAUUGAUAUUUAUUUAAUAUUUCAUACAAAACAAAAUGAACAUUCUGCAUUGAUUCUAUAAAUGCUCGUGUACAUUUUCUUUGUUUAUAAAGGAAUACCAGUUGUAUUAAAUAAAAGUGAAAAGCUAGAAAAUUGUCUAACCGAUUCGUUGUUGAUUUGGAUUUGUGCUGCUUUCUUUUAAAAGCGAAACAAAAUAUAUCCCUAUAAAUAAAUCCAUAAUGCAUUUCUAGCAAGUUGUUAGGGCUGUUCUUUCUUAAAAUGCUCUGCUUGACUUGUACCAACUGAGCCCGAUCCAACAAUAAUAAUGAAAGACUUCCACUGAAGCA